AUGGCGAUUACGUUUUCAGACCUCCACACUGAGCAAGGUCUUAAACCCGUCGAGGAACACCUCUCCGGAAAAACUUACAUCUCCGACGAUCAGCUUUCACUGGAUGAUGUGAAGGUUUACGCUGCCGUGUUGGAGAAACCAGGUGAUGGCUUCCCAAAUGUUAGCAAGUGGUAUGAUUGCGUGGCUUCCCACCUCGCUAAAAGUUUCCCCGGGAAAGCCGUCGGAGUGAAAAUUGGUGGGGGUAUUGCUCAAUCUGAAGCUCCGAAAACAGAGGCACCUGCUGCUGCUACUGGAGCUGAUGCUGAUGAUGAUGAUGAUAUUGAUCUUUUCGCUGACGAGACUGAGGAUGAGAAAAAGGCUGCAGAGGAGAGGGAAGCUGCUAGGAAGGAUACCAAGAAACCUAAAGAGAGUGGAAAGUCGUCUGUGCUACUGGAUGUAAAGCCAUGGGACGAUGAAACAGAUAUGAAGAAGUUGGAAGAAGCUGUCCGUAGUGUUCAGAUGCCUGGUCUUUAUUGGGGAGCUUCGAAACUGGUACCAGUUGGUUACGGGAUAAAGAAACUCACGAUUAUGAUGACAAUUGAUGAUGACCUUGUAUCUGUCGACAACCUCAUUGAAGACCAUCUCACCUCAGAGCCUAACAACGAGUACAUCCAAAGUGUCGACAUUGUCGCUUUUAACAAGAUUUAG